AUGGCGGACGCGUCGCCUUUCAGCUUGGCAUCAUCGAUCUCCUGCCACGCGUGGAAUGGCAACAUGGUGGCCGUCAGCCCGCGAACAUCGGAGCUGUGGAUAUUCAAGGCUAAUAUCGCGGAUGAUGAGAAACAGUGGGAGAAGCUACACACGCUGUCCAAGCACGAGGACCUGAUAUCAGGCGUGGACUGGGGCGCCAAGAAGAACCGCAUUGUCACUUGCUCACACGACCGCAACUCGUACGUGUGGAACUGGGUGGAGGGGGAGUGGAGAGCGGCACUGGUCAUUCUGAGACUCAACAGGGCGGCUCUCUGUGUUGCAUGGAGUCCCCAAGAGAACAAGUUUGCAGUGGGGAGUGGGUCCAAGACUGUCAGCGUGUGCUACUACGAUGACGAGAACAGCUGGUGGGUGAGCAAGGUGAUUCGCAAGAAGCAUGCCUCUUCAGUCACCAGCGUUGCCUGGCACCCAAACAAUCUUCUACUCGCAACCACAUGCACAGACAACAAGUGCCGGAUAUUCUCAGCAACAAUUAAAGGGGUUGAUUCAAAAAGUGCGGAGAGCUCUUCCUCUGGUGGAUUCUCAGGGAAGUUUGGCGAGCAACUUCUGCAGCUUGACUUGGCAUUCGGGUGGACGUUUGGGGCCAGGUGGUCGCCUUCAGGGGCCAACCUCGCCUUUGUUGGCCAUGACUCCACCAUCCAUUUCAUCAAUGACGUUGGCCCCUCCCUCACCCUCCACUCCAUCUCCCUGCGAUACCUCCCGCUGCGAGACGUUCUCUUCCUCUCUGAUCGCCUGCUGGUGGCAGCUGGUUUUGACUACAACCCCAUUCUCUUCAGUGCCGAUGCCAAUGGCACUUGGACGUUUGUGAGAGUAUUGGAUGGAUCCGAGGAGCCCUCUGGCACGGCCACUGGUGCGGCUCUCUCUGCGAAGGACACGUUCGGUCGGUCGAUGGAGCGAGGCAAUUCUCUCCGCUCCUCCCUGAACGACGCUGCUCCCAACGCCCCCUCCAUUCCCGACUCGGAGCUCUCUAAAGGACCCAGCACUGUUCACCAGGACUGCAUCACCUGCAUUCGACCAUUGGGAUCAGCAGACGAUUCAAUCAUUCAGCAAUUCUCGACAUCAGGCCUAGAUGGGAAAGUGGUGUUAGGGAAGGCGAAGGCGAAGGCGAAGGUGUCAGAGCAGCCGCUUAAGUACGUCGGUACGACGGACCCGAUCGCCGCAGCGCGACACGUGAAGUGGGCUCGAGUGGCGUUCUUCGUCGCUGUUGGAAUCGAUAUUGCCUUCACUCUUGUAAAUAAGGAGAAGGAGAAGGAGGAAGAGGAGGAGGAUGAGGAGGAGGAGAAGAAGCACGAGGUGAUAUCGUGGAAGAAGGAGGAGGAGGACCAGGGCUUUAAGGAGUGGAUGAGCAAUGUGUCGUCCAAGGACGUGACGGUCUUCGUCUCCUUCCUCCUCUGCACCUUCUUCCAGGUGUAUGUGGGCGCCAAGUGCGUCAACUUCGCCUUCCCCAGCGAGUUCCUGCAGGGCUGGCUGAUGGGGUCGGCCAUCAUCUGGAUCAACGCCGAGUCCACCCUCCUCGGCAACCUCUCCGAGUGCAGCGGUGUGCUUGGGCGGGCUCUGGCACUAAAGGACAAGGCGGAGCAUGCGCAUGGGCAUGGGCAUGGGCAUGGGCAUGGGCAUGGGCAUGGGCACGGGGCGAGUAGGAGAUCUUCUGAAGGGGAGAGUGGAGGCGGAUUGGAGGUCACGACCUCUGCUGCCGGCUCACGCGGCGCUACCAGUGGGACAAAGAAGACGACUCGUGGGCCCAGCAGCAAGCAGCAGGGGCAGGAGGAGGCGCUAGACGAGACAGCUCUUAGAGGGGACAAGGGAAUCCGUUUUGAGAAGGUUCUCACCCCCCGGCAGUACCUGCUGCGCUCCAUCGGCCUCGCCUACAAGGAGCUGCCCCUUAUAGUCACGGGCUUCACCUGCCUUGCUGUCACGUCGGGGGCGGGGCUGCUCAUCCCCACCUACCAGGGUCGCAUUGUGGACGAUGUGAAGGACGGGCACGUGGAUAAAGCCCAGUUCCAUCGGGACGUCCUAGCGAUGGCGCUCUGCUCGCUCAUCACCGGCAUCUUCGGCGGCCUGCGCGGCCUCUGCUUCUCCGUGGUCGGCAAGCGCGUGCUCAAAACCCUCCAGGACAAACUCUUCGAGGGCGUGAUCAUCCAAGACAUCGCGUAUUUCGACUCGACAACCACCGGAGAGCUGACUUCUAGGUUGACCAAUGACGUGGCGGCGAUGAGUGAGCCAAUCAACUGGCAGCUGUCGGCGCUGGUGCGGAAUCUGGCGUCGCUGGUGGGCGGCGUGCUGCUGUGCUUUGUGACUUCGUGGAAGCUCAGCAUUCUGGCGUUUACGACCAUGGCGCCCAUUCUGCACAUCACGGCUGUUUACUCGCGCUGGUCGAGAGAUUUGAACAGGAAGCGAUACGCGGUGCUAGCAGAGGCGAACAGUGCAGCAUCGGAGGCCUUGAGCAAUAUCCGCACAGUGCGGGCAUUCUCAACAGAGGGGGUGGAGAGGGAGCGGUACGAGAGCAAGACCAUGGCAGCCAUGGCAAAGGGCGUGAGGGACGCCCUUGCCUACUCCGGCGCCGUCGCCAUCAACAACUGGCUCGACCUGGGGGCGUCCGUGCUCAUCCUCUGGUACGGAGGGGUGUUGGUGAUGGAGGGGCACAUGCGCCUGGGCCAGCUCAUCGCCUUUCAGCUCUACUGGAACCUCAUCCAGUCGGGGUAUCAGAGCAUCAUGUCUGUACUCAUGUCCCUCACCAAGGCCUCUGGCGCCGCUCAGCGAGUGCUCUCCCUCAUCGACUCGCUGCCAGAUAUUGACCCUGAUGCGGGCACCAAGGUGUCAACACUGCAGGGAUCCAUCCGCAUGGAGGAUGUUCACUUCCACUACCAGAUGCGCCCAGACCACCCCGUGCUCAAAGGAGUAUCCCUCCACGUGGAUCCAGGCCAAGUGCUCGCCCUGGUGGGUCGCAGCGGGGGAGGCAAGUCAACCGUGGUGCAUCUGCUCAUGCGCUUCUACGAUCCUGUCCAAGGCCGCAUCGUGAUGGACGGCCGAGAUCUGCGCGAGCUGAAUCUACGGUCGGUGCACGCGCACAUGGGGCUGGUGGCGCAGGACACGCAGAUGUGGGCAUGCAGCAUCGAGGAGAAUAUCGCGUAUGGCUUGCCUUCCUACACUCGAGCCGAAGUGGAGGAGGCUGCCAACAUCGAGGAGAAUAUCGCGUAUGGCUUGCCUUCCUACACUCGAGCCGAAGUGGAGGAGGCUGCCAAGCACGCCAACGCACACGAUUUCAUCACCAAGUUCCCCGAGGGUUACGCUACACGCGUGGGAGAGAGGGGAGUGCGACUCUCAGGCGGUCAGAGGCAGCGCAUAGCCAUUGCCCGGAUGCUGCUGCGCCGUCCGCGCGUGCUCCUAUUGGACGAGGCCACGUCAGCGUUGGACGCGGAGAGUGAGGCGCUGGUGCAGGGCGCGCUGGACCGGCUGAUCGCGGAGGGCGGGCGCACCAUCGUGCUCGUGGCUCACCGGCUGUCCACCGUGCGCAAUGCUGACAGCAUCUGCGUGCUGGAAGGGGGGCGGGUCGCUGAGCAUGGCACGCAUGAGCAGCUGCUGGAAAUUCCGAAUGGAGUCUACGAGAGAUUAGUACGACGGCAGCUAAGCAAGGCAGCCAACACCCUUGGGGGAAUCGAGUCGUCAGCAGCAGCAGCCGACAAGCAUGAUCGCAUUGACAAUUUGAUAGAGGAAGUGCACUGA